AUGCCAGUUCUGGACCGAGAGCCCUCCAAAGAUUCCGGGGGAGACGAUGGCCUGCCGAAGCUGCCACUCCCCCCCCUGAAAGACACGCUGGACACGUACCUGAUGUGCAUGAAGCACCUGCUCACAGAGGAGCAGUUUAUCAAGACCCAGGACACAGUGAAGGAGUUUGGGGCCCCUGGAGGAGUGGGAGACCUGCUGCAGAGCAAACUGGAGGAGAGGAGGUUAAAAGAGGCCAACUGGGUGUACGACUUCUGGCUGAGUGACAUGUACCUGAACAACAGAAUGGCUCUGCCCGUCAACUCCAGCCCUGCGAUGGUCUUCCCCCUGCAGAACUUCAAGGCUCCCAUCGACUCUUUGAGGUUCGCUGCACACUUACUUUCAGGUGUUUUGGAAUACAAAACGCUUCUAGAUGCACGUGCCCUGCCUGUGGACUACGCCCGGGGCCAGCUGGCUGGAACCCCAAUGUGUAUGGAGCAGUACUAUCGCCUCUUCACUUCCUACCGCCUACCGGGACCUGAGAGGGACACACUAGUGGCCCAGGAAAGCUGCGUGAUGCCAGAACCUGAACACGUCAUUGUGGUUUAUAAAAAACAGUUCUACGUCCUGGAUGUGGUGCUCAACUUCCGCCGCCUGAAUGAGAGGGAUCUGUUGACUCAGCUGGACAAAAUUGUCAAGAUGGCUGACAGUAAAGAAGAGCAGCUCCCACCCAUCGGUCUCCUCACCUCAGAUGGACGCACAGAGUGGGCAGAGUCUCGCAGAGCUUUAAUGAAAGAGUCAACAAACAGGGAUUCUCUGGACAUGAUCGAGCGUUGCCUGUGUUUGGUUUGUCUGGACGACGCCAGCGGCCCCGAGCUGAGCGACACCACACGUGCCAUGUGGAUGCUGCACGGAGGAGGCGUGGCCAAGAAUGGUGGAAACCGCUGGUACGACAAACCAAUGCAGUUUGUUGUAGGAGCUGACGGCUGCUGUGGAGUCGUGUGUGAGCACUCACCAUUCGAGGGAAUCGUCCUGGUCCAGUGCACAGAGUACCUACUCAAAUACAUGAUUGGCAGCCCAUCGAAGCUGGUCCGAGCUGCGAGUGUGAGCGAGCUGCCGGCACCGCGCAGACUCCGCUGGAAAUGUACUCCAGAGGUGCACAAGCUGCUCGCCUCCUCCGCUGACAAGCUGCAAAGGCUGGUGACAAAUCUGGACAUGAACGUGCAAAAAUUCGACGAAUACGGGAAAGAGUUCAUCAAGAGGCAGAAGAUAAGCCCAGAUGCCUACAUUCAGGUGGCUAUUCAGUUGGCGUACUACCGAUGUCAUCGCAGACCAGUGUCGACGUACGAGAGCGCCUCCAUACGACGCUUUCAGCAGGGCCGAGUGGACAACAUCCGCUCAGCCACUCCCAACGCCCUGGCCUUUGUCAAAGCAAUGACUGAUGGGAUGCAGAGUAAAAGCGAUACAGAAAAGAUGGAGAUGUUACGAGGCGCCAUAGCUGCACAGACAAAUUACACUAUUCGGACUAUCACAGGGAUGGCGAUAGACAAUCACCUACUAGGACUGCGUGAAAUUGCACAUGAACUGAGGAUGGAGAAACCAGAGAUUUUUAAAGACGAAGCCUAUCUCAUCAGUAACCAGUUCAUUCUCUCCACAAGUCAGGUCCCGACUACUGUGGAGAUGUUCUGCUGCUACGGACCCGUGGUCCCAAACGGAUAUGGGGUGUGUUACAAUCCUCAGUCAGACCACAUCAUCUUCUCGGUGUCUAGUUUCCGCGAGAGCCCUCAGACGUGCUCGGCAGAGUUUGUCAAGUGUCUGGUGCAGGGACUGUUGGACAUGAGGGACCUGUGCAAUAAAUGCAACUGUGUCUCCACCCCGACCAAGCAGAGGAAGGAGCAGACGCUGGAGACGCACACGCAAACGGAAACAAACUGGCAAAGCAAAACACAGCAGAGACCGUGUGAGUCGUCCAAGAACCAACAAGCGCCGCCACAGGUUCUGGUGAAGAAGCCGGACCAGACUCACGUGGAGGCUCAAACCCAGACUUGAUAACAGGGAGAGGCCCCAGCUUUGAAGAAUGGCAGUAAAUCCUAGGAGAUUGUCAGCUCCAGUUUAAAUGUGUUUUCUGUGGUGCAAUAAUUUAUUGAGUCCUUCAAAGAAAAUCCAAUCCAACUGUGAUACGAGAUGUUAUGUGAAGCAGUUGGUCGUAUACAGUAUCGUUAAAUCUGUCACGUGUUGACGAACAUUGAAUGAAUAACCCUAACCCUAACCCAUACAGCAGGAAUUGAAAUGUCUAAAAAAUAGCAAAUAUAUACGUAGAUAGAAAUUUGAGGCAAAUUUGAGCUUCUGAUUCUUGUUUUGCACUAAAUUAAGACGAAUCGGCCAAAGAAAAGAGGAAUGAGAAUGAUGACAACCAGAGCUGCAGGUAAGGUUGUUGGGAAAUGAGCAAAUAUUGAAAUGAAAAAAACAUAUAUAUUAUUCUCUCUUCGAUAUUUCUGCAUCACGCCUGUCAGUCAUUGUGACAGGACCAAACCAGUCUGUGACUUAUGACAAAUGGUUGAUUGUCUCAGUAUAUGUGUCAAUUUGCAAAGUUGCAUGCUGCUAUCUAAUGGUUUGAAUCAUAAUGAGGAUUAUGGUACAUUGUAAAACCCCAAUCUUUUAUGCAAUCUCCCAAUGUUGUCUUCAUAAAUUAUUGUCUAUUGCACCAAUAUACAUACAUGUUAUCAUACAUGUGGUAUUAGUAAAAUAACUGUUAAAAAAUUUAUGUCAAUCAUUAGACAUUUAGAUCAUAUGAAAUAUGCAUACAACUGAUUUCCAGGGGAUAUUCUUUAGUUAAUCAAUGUGAAUGUUGAGUGUGAUUAUCAUGAAUUUGUAAGUUCAGGAGCAGAAUAUUAAUCAAGCUAUUUAUUUUGUAAUACAUCAAUUAUAGUAAAUGUAACUUUAAAGAUGAAACUUAUUGAGCAGAGGUGAUCACUGUGUUUAUGUCCGUCAAAUUGUAUUUAUAGAGUAUUAAUGAAGAUUAAAACAGAGAAACCAAUAUUGAAAUUGUUCUGUUGGUUUUGCUGUUUCCAGAUCAAUAAUGUAAAAUCUAUUUAUUUAUCUUACUUCGCUGUGAAUGUUAAAAGGUUAAUUUCACUGACCUGUGGUGGAAUUACAAAAUCGUACAUUAUUAUAAGCUACAUGUGUAUUCAUAGGCUCGGCUGAAACAGCCUAAUCAGAGCCUUGCCCCCCCCCCCCCCCCAUCACCUUAAUAUGUACAACAAUUUCCACCAAUAAGAUAUUUGUUUAGAUUUUUGGAAAAUUAUGUUUGCCAGAUUCUCUAUUAUCAGUUUCUGUUUGUGUUGAACGAUUACAUGUAUGAACAAGCAUCAGUGAAUUUCUUUGAUAUUGAAGAAAACAUAAAAACAAGGAGGGAAGUAUGAAGUACGUUUUUCUCUGAAGUGGGUUCAUCACUUACUGAAUGUAAACAUAUGUAUGUCUUUGUUCAAAUGUAUUAAAGGUAUAAUAUAUAGGCUACUUAUUAUACUAUAAACUAUGUACAUCU